GUCUGAUUGUCUCUGUUUCUUCUCAAGCUCUCUCUCGAUCAUACAAAACCUAUCAAUGUAUAAUUUCGUUUUAAUUAUCUUAACACGUAUUUAUGUGUACAUAAACCACUGCCAUUGCUAACAUAUUAUUCAAGAAGCUCUUCUUCUUAAGUUACAGAUCAGAAAAUGCGAAAUGUUUUAAAAAACAAACUCUGGCAUUGUUUUCGACCUAUGGUCGAUAUGGACGUGGUGAUUGAACCCAAAAGCCUUAUUGUUCCUUCCACUGAUAUGGGUUUUACGUAUAUCAAAGUAGAAAACAUGGAGGGUAUGAAAGUUUCUGAAUGUGGGUCUUCCAUGAAUUCGGAAAAUAACUCAACCAUUGUGCCACAACCCACGAAGAAGACAUUUUCCCAGGUUAUUAAAGCAGUGUUAUUCGACACCGCUUUGGCGAAGAGAGUUCGUGACAGAAAAAGAUCCAAACAAGACUCGAGUAAAUCAAAGCUUAGUAUUUUAAAGAGUAAGAAAAAAUCUCCUGAUUUUGGUAGUUUUGAACUAAUGAAUCAUACUAUUCUUAGUUCAUCCUCAUCGUCUUCUUCUUCUUCUUCUUCAAGUAGAUCAGAGUCUGAAGUUUCUCCAAAGAGAAAGAAUAACGUUCGCGUUUCGGUGAACCAAUCAAGCCACACUGAAGAGAAGUACUCGAAAGUGUCAGAGAUGGGCCAAUCUGGUUUCAGCUCUGGCCUAUACAUGCUUUUACUUAGUCUCACAAUCACAGUCUUGUGGGGUAGGUACUGGGCAGUAGUCUUUACAACGAUAUCAUGGCUAUACUUGCUUUUCCCGGCGUGGUACGCCGGAAACUGCAAGCCGGAGAAUGAAAAAAAGUUGCCGGAGAAUGAGUCCAAGGAUUAUAAGAAGAAAGUAAUAAUGGAAGGCCUGCUUGAAAGGAAUCAUAUUCGAAGGUGGCAUUAAAUUUGUUACGUGAAAUUAUUGGUUUCGUGCUAAUUGGUGUGUCUUGGCUUGGUAUUUUUCUGGUCCAGAAAUUGAAGUCUUCUGAUAUAGCCUGCCAUAAGAGACAAAGGAAAGACAUAUUAGUUUCUUCUGUGCAGUUCCCUUUCUGUACAUCUCUGUGGAGAUAAACCCAAACCCUCAAGGUUUUUCUCGGAAAGGAAAAAGAAGAUUUCGAAAACUUUUGCUUCAUUUCUUUGUUAGUUCAAUAUCCACUUUAUGAAUAGAUUUUAUUUUGAUUUUGUUUAGUUAUGUAUUUAUCUUUUUUUUUUUUUUUGCAAUAAUAUAUAUAUUUAUUGAAAAAGUUUAUAAUGCCAUACAAUUUAUAUGUUAUAAUGUAUUUAUCUUUUUUAUUUUGUGUUAUAGUUAUAUUUAUUUGUAACU